UCUCUCCUCCAGUUGCCCGGUGGGACAGUCCAGUCUCUGCACCUCAGCUGCCCACAACAAAACCAACAGCAAACCAACCAGUAAAAACCCACCAGUCAGCCAUGAGCAAGUCCUACUCCUCCUCAGCCCAGUCAGCCUCCUCAUACCGUCGUACCUUCGGCUCCGGCGUUGGUGCCUCCCCAAUGUCCUCUCUCUUCUCCAAUGUAGGAGGUGGUCGCGCUUCCUCCCACAUGUCGUCCCGCGUCUAUGAGGUCAAGAGCGCCAGCAUUCCCUCCUUCUCCAGCUACAGGGCGUCCUCCGGAGCAGCUGGUUUCGGCUCUUCCUCUGCCCUGCGCACCUACACCGGUGAGAAGCUCGACUUCAACCUCGCUGACGCCAUGAACCAGGACUUCCUCAACACGAGGACCAAUGAGAAAGCCGAGCUCCAGCACCUUAAUGACCGCUUUGCCAGCUACAUCGAGAAGGUGCGCUUCCUGGAGCAGCAGAAUGCGGCACUCACCGUGGAGAUUGAACAGCUGAGGGGCCGUGAGGGCCCGGGGCGUGUGGCCGAGCUCUAUGAGGAAGAGAUGAGAGAGCUGAGAAGGCAGGUGGAGGUGAUCACCAACCAGCGUUCACGUGUGGAGGUGGAGAGAGACAACCUGGCUGAUGACCUGCAGAAGCUGAAACUGAGACUGCAGGAGGAGAUUCACCAGAAGGAAGAAGCGGAGAACAAUCUCUCUGCUUUCAGAGCUGAUGUCGAUAAUGCCACUCUUGCCAGGCUGGACCUGGAGAGACGCAUUGAGAGUCUGCAGGAGGAGAUUGCCUUCCUUAAGAAGAUCCAUGAAGAGGAGAUCCGUGAGCUCCAGAGCCAGAUGCAGGACACUCAGGUCCAGGUCCAGAUGGACAUGUCCAAGCCUGACCUGACAGCAGCUCUGAGGGACAUCCGUAUGCAGUACGAGGGCAUCGCUGCAAAGAACAUUUCAGAGGCCGAGGAGUGGUACAAGUCCAAGGUGUCUGAUUUGAACCAGGCUGUGAAUAAGAACAAUGAUGCUCUCAGGCAAGCCAAGCAGGAGAGCAUGGAGUACAGACACCAGAUUCAGUCCUACACCUGCGAAAUCGACUCACUGAAGGGCACCAAUGAGUCUCUGCUGCGUCAGAUGCGAGACAUGGAGGACCGCAUGGGCCGCGAGGCUAGCGGCUUCCAGGACACGAUUGCCAGGCUGGAGGGAGAUAUAGCAAAGAUGAAGGAUGAGAUGGCCCGUCACCUGAGAGAGUACCAGGACCUCCUUAAUGUUAAGAUGGCCCUGGAUAUCGAGAUCGCCACCUACCGCAAGCUGCUGGAGGGAGAGGAGAGCAGAAUCACCACCAAUAUGCCUGUGCAGUCUGCAUACUCCUCUAUCGGAUUUAGAGAGACCAGCCCCGAGUCCCAGCAUCAGCGGUCCUCAGAGGUUCACUCCAAGAAGACUGUACUCAUUAAAACCAUCGAGACCCGUGAUGGAGAGGUGGUCAGCGAGUCCACACAGCAUCAGCAAGACAUCAUGUAAAGCGGGACGAACGCAACUGAAAUACAUAUCAGAUAAAUGAAUAAAUACAUGAAAAAAAAUAACUAAAUAAAAAUCGACUUUUUUUCCAUUGCCACUUCCAUUGCCUUUGAUAAGCUGAGCCUUUUUUCAAAGUCUUUUUACCAUCACAGGCUUUAUGGUGACUGUGUUGUCACCUUCCAUGUAGCUAUUUGGUUUCCAACAAAUUGCAGAUUUGUGAUGACACAAGUGAAGGCAACCAGUACACACUCACAAAUGUAGACACUGUUGUACUAAAAUACCACGUUUUCUGUGGAGGACUAACAAUUUCCAUUGUUUUUAUCUGUUUUUUGGAUUUUGCCCUGUAUUUGGACACAGGCGACAGACAAACGAGAAUAUGCAUUAAUUUCCCUUUUUAACAUCCUACUGACAUAACAUGUUCUGUGACUUGUUGCCUAUAUGAAAAAAGUCACCAGCAGGGAUUUUGUUUCAAAUAAUUUAACAGGUCUUUUGAUUUUGUGUAACAAAAACACGGUGAUCUGACCUCGGCCAUCCAGGUCUUUCUCAUCCCUGAUGCAGAGAAGUGGCUGUUGAUUACUAUAAUUAAGAGAAAAGAUGGAAGCCAUCUAUAUCUAGAAAGAGACUCAGGAGACGGAGGACAGAGCAGUGGACUGUCAUUGGUAUCACUGUGAGCACGUGUUAAAUGUUGAACAUAAUGAAAUGAUAAAUAAAAUGGUGGACGAUGAUUUUGUAAAUGGCAUGCUAGGUUACGCUACAGUGCCUACAGCAUCAUAAAUGUUUUAAAUCAUUAUUUCCAUGCAAAUGUGUGACGUUAAUUGAUUGACUGAUGAGGCCUUAGCAUCAGCAGAAUUGAUAUAAAGAAAGCGGGACGUCUGAAACAUGUAAGACACAUGGACAUCUUGUCCGGUGGGAAGCUGUCAUGUCCAAAGUUGGAGCUCAGUAUGUGUAGAAUGAUUGUGUGAGUGUGUGUAUGGACGGCGAGGUUAAUCUGCUUCACUUUGCCAAAAUCUCAAAUAAAAUUAUUUGCCAUCCCUGUCACUUAUGAGCAUUAAAUAAAUAUGUUUCAAGAGAAUUUCGAUAAAUAUCAACA